CACACUUUAAAUACUCAUAUGCCUUAUACAUACACUCAGUUAAUCCAGUUCUAUUUUACUCAAUGACACCAUCAUGGGAUGUUCAAGGCUGCUGAUUUUGGGUCUUGUCCUAAAUAUUGCUCACUGGUCGGAAAUUUUGGGUUUCAAUGAAGAGUCACUUCUGGAGAUCCCACGCAAUGUUACAGGAGUCCUAGGAGAAGAUGUGCACCUGGGCUGCAGAUAUCUGGGCAAGGAUGAGAUCACUGCUGCAGAAUGGAAACGGGAGAGUGAAUCUAAAAUUAGCAAGCGGCUGACAGGGUUUAUCAAUGGAAGGCCUUUUAACCGUGACACCGAUUUCUCAGUCCCACACUCUCUCACAAACCUCACAGUCAGAAUGAACGUGACCAAUGUGAAAGCAGAGGGAGUGUAUAAGUGUAAGUUUAUGACAGAAGAUGAAGAAAUUGCUGACACUGUAUUCCUCAGUGUAGUAGCCCGGCCUGACAUACAGAUCCAAGUGAAUGCAGAGAUUAUCAACGGCACUCACCACCAGACAGUGACAUGCUUCGCUGAUGGGGGCCGGCCCACGCCUCAGAUCAGCUGGCUGGUUAACAACCGCCCUCCUUCAAAUGAUGUCUUCAACAUAGAUGAUGAGGAAACUAUUCACCCAAAUGGUACCUCCACCCUAAGCAGCAGCCUGCAUUUCCCCACCCACUUGCAGGACGAGGACAGUGUGACCUGCAUGGUUCAACACCUGACCCUCCCAAAACCAAAACUCACCACAGUGAGGGUGGACACCUACCUGAGGCCGAAUGUGAGCAUUAAAGCAGAGAUGGUACAACAAAGAGGAAGUGAGUUCUGGGUGGUCUCUUGUAUUUCAUCUGGGGGGAGACCCAACACUGACAUCUCUUUGGCUUUGGACACCGAUGAGGAUCUGCAGACAGAGGAUGAGACAGGCACAGACUCACAAACCAUCUCCGUGCAUCUCCCUGCAGCCACUUACAAAGGCCAUAACAUCACCUGUAUGUUUGACCACCCCAAAUUUACUCACAGGGAGUCAAGAGUCAUAACACUGCCAUCUUAUUAUUUGUCUGGAGUUCAUUUGUCAUAUUCUGGGAUGGAAAACAGGGAUGGUAGCAUCCAAACCACUGAGUAUUUAGAGCUGCAGGAAGGACAGACAGAUGCUUUAUUCACAGUGAAGGUCACUGGGAAUGUGCCGAGUUACAAUGUUACCUGCGAAAAAGAUGGUGGACCCGUACCUGAGGGUGUCAAUCUGGUUGGUAGCAGCCUCUCUGUUCAGGGUCCUGUAAAUCAUGUCUACGCUGGCCUGUAUGAAUGUGUCUUCUAUUAUCACCAUCACCGAGCAAUGCUACACUUUAACAUUACAGUUAGAACUCAGCCUGUUCCUCCCUCAAUACAAGUUGAUUUGCAGACUGACAAUGGAAGCAGCGUGAUUGAGUGCUCAGCAGCUGAUGCUGUUCCUGCAGCCAACAUGUCCUGGCUUCUACCAGAGGGUGUGUCUGGAGUCGCUUGGUUCAAUUUCACUUCUCAUAAUGGAAGCCACUCCGUCAGGGGAGUUUUACUCCUCCCUGCCUGCUCGCCUUGGGAGCUCACAGCGAAGUGUGUGAUAAAUCACCCUGCAUUUGAGAAACCAGAGAACAGAAGCAUAACGCUCCCUCUUUGCGAUCCACCUAACAUCACCCUCAGCUCCAGCACAGAGAGUAGAGGAGGUGAUGAGUACACAAAGGUGGAAUGCUCAGUGGAAAGUGUUGCCCCUGCAGCAGCCGUAACGUGGCAAGUUGGAAACAGUGACAGUAACAACAGCACCACUCAUGUGAUGGAAACUGAAGUCCAUGAAGUCCAGGCUGAUGGUCUGGUACUGGCUCAGAGCUCUGUGCACUUCCUGUCUUCUUUUUAUUCUGAUCAGAAUUUGACCUGUGUGGUGGAGCAUCCGAGCUUGGAGGCACCAGAGAAAAGAACAAUGCGCAUUCCUGGGCACACCCCCCCCGGUCUUCCUUCAGGAGCUCCUAUGCUGAGUGCAUCUCUAAAGAGGCAGUCAGGCUCCGAACUCUGGAUGGCAGAGUGUAUCUGCAGUGGGGACAAUGUUGGCACGAACCUGGCCUGGGUCCUUCCUGAAAAUGCCAAAGCCCAAACAUCCCUGGACUCAAGGUACGAAGGUCAUGUCCAGAAAGCUACGCUAACUUAUCAUUUUCCUCUGGCUCUUCAUGAGGGACAAGACCUGACCUGUGUGUACAACUCUGAACAUGGAUUCACAAACAGGAAGACAGUCCAUGUCCCCAGAUACUAUAUUUCAAUGAAAGUCUUGAACCACACAACGCCUCUGCAAAGCCGCUAUGGUGGUGAACCUGUCGCACGCAGACUGACUCUUCAGGAAAAUCAACACAACCAGAGAAUACUGCUCCACAUUGAGGGCAAUGUGCCGGAGUACAGUCUAUACUGCCAAAGAAGUGACGGCUCAUUUGUCCAAACGGAAAAGGCUGCAAUGGUCUUCAAGGCACAGCUCACAGAGCAGGACGAAGGCCUGUACACCUGCAGGGCGUAUUUCUAUCAUCACACAGCCACCGUUAACAUUCAAGUAGAGGUCACAAGUGAGGAUAAACAGUUUGUGACUGCAGCCGUCAUCUGCAUCUCUUCUGCUUCUGCCAUCAUUGUGAUCCUGGCCAUCGCUCUCUGGGUGUUCUGCAAAAUAACUGCCACAAGACAAUACAAGAAGCCAGAGUCUCUCUCAGCUUUGACAGCUCUGAUGCAGGAUCCAGGCUCUCCUGCUGUGAAGAAGCCAGCAGUUAUGGAUAAAGACAGCAAAGAAUAUGCUCAGCUGGUCAAUUACUCCAUAGUGAUCGACGUCAAGAGUACAGUGUGAGGAUAAAAUUGCAUAACAGGGCUUUGAAUCAUACGUUUAGCUUUACAAUGUGCAAGCAUCAAUGCAAAUAUGAAGGCUUGCAGACGCUGUAGCAUCAUUUAUGCUUUUAGAUGACAUUACUGUGAAUUACUCCAACUUGAAGGAUUCUCUGUUAGCAUUAAUGUGUUUAAAUGCAUUACUUUUGCACUUUUGAAAUAAUCUUACUUGAAGUUUGCUUUUGUUUUUCCAUGUUAUAUUUCUCUGGUCAUGUAUUGAUUUCAAGAUUUGACAAUAAAGUCAUUUGUUUUAU